UUCAAAAUUGUCAGCGUUGUCGGUUGUUUUGCCAUUGGAAAAUUGAAAGAUCUAAAAGUCAAAAGAUGCUUCUACAAACGUCUCUGAUGUUUAUUUUUAGAAAUUAGAAGACCGUGAGUGAAGCGGAUAUAAUUAAUACUUUAAUGUACGCAGAAAUCUUUCCUUAACAAUUAUAUUUUAUGUGAAAUAUUUUUAUAUAUUCACAUAGUGACCAUUAAUAGAUAUCAAUUGAAACAUGAAACAAUCUUAUUUACUACAAAAUGUCUGCUGAAAACUGCUUAGUUAAGGCAAUCUAUUCAUUCAAAGGCAAAAAUAAUGAUGAGUUAUGCUUCAAAAAAGGUGAUAUCAUCACUGUUACUCAAAAGGAAGAAGGUGGAUGGUGGGAGGGUACAUUAGGUGAAACAACAGGAUGGUUUCCAAGCAAUUAUGUUACUGAAUGCAAAGAUGCCUCGGGAUCCCUAACUACAUCUCCUAUAAGAGCAGUUUCAGAAAUCCAGGCAUUUCGAAAUGUUGUUCUUAAAGAUAUUAUUGAUUCGGAAAAGGCUCAUGUUGCAGAAAUGCAAGGACUGGUUACAAACUUUUUACAACCAUUAGAAAAAAGUGAAAUGCUCACAAGAGAUGAAUUUAAGCAGUUAACCGGCAAUAUUGUUGAAGUGCUUCAAACUCAUGAACAGUUUCUAUCAUUGUUAGAGGAAUGUGCAACAAAAACUGGACCUGAUCAAAGAGUUGGAGGGCUAUUUCUACAAUGGGCUCCUAAAAUAAAAUCAGUCCACCAAACAUACUGUGCAGGCCAUCCUAAAGCUGUUUGCAUUCUUGAUAAAUAUAAAGAGGAAUUGAACACUUGGAUGGAAAAUAACGGUGCGGUAUGCCCGGGUGUACUUGUCCUCACAGCUGGUCUAUCAAAACCAUUCCGACGUUUGGGCAAGUACCCUGCAAUGUUACAAGAGUUAGCGAGGCAUGUUCAUGAGGCACACCCUGAUAGAGGGGAUACUCAUAGGGCUUCCGUUGUGUACAAGGAUAUAGCUAGUGGUUGUUCAGCAUUAAGGCGACAAAAAGAGUUAGAACUGCAAGUAGUAACGGGUGAAGUCCGAGGCUGGCCGGGGGGUGAGCUAGCAUCUCUAGGGGAUGUUUUACACAUGGGGAGUGUUGCAGUUGGUCCAUCUCACCAGGACAGAUAUUUGGUUCUCUUUCCCUCGGCCCUGCUCUUAUUGUCUGUUAGCAAGAGGGUAUCUGCCUUCGUCUAUGAGGGAUGUCUUCCAUUAACUGGUAUCACAGUGUGUAAGCUUGAUGAUACUGAUUCAAGAAAAAAUGCAUUUGAAAUUAGUGGACCAAUGAUAGACACAAUAGUAGCCGUGUGCCAGACCAAAGCUGAAGCUGACAAUUGGGUCAGCUUAUUGCAAAAGCAUUCGAAUAUUAACAGCCCCACACAUGAAUCGAACCAGCCACACUCGUUGCCACAUCUGGCCCGAUCUCCCUCAGAAGGGGCGUUGUCUAGCAUCAACAGUAGCCGGCGCAGUCUCUAUCACGUGACCUUGCCACCACCCACUUAUCCCUCUGCCUCACCGUACUAUUCUCUCACAAAGUACUUCGCUAAACUCGUUAGAAAGAAAGUCAUUACGAGACAAAUGCUGCGUAAGCUUCUGCACGAAAGAACGUGGGCAAAAGCAUUCGAAUUGUCAGGGCUGCCUGUUAAAAGAAGACACAAGAAUCAAAUUAAACUUAAGAUAGAAACGGACGGUACAGUAGGUGCCGAAACUGAAGCCUCUGAUUCCGAUGACAGUGAACACGAAACGGAUGCCACAGAUAAUUUUACACACUCUGGUAGUACUGAUGCGGAUGCUAAUAGUUCAUCGAAAAUGUUACGGCAAAAUGCGAUUGACAGCAUCGGACCUCGGACUAUUUCCUCAUCUUGCAGCAGUUGGGACAGUAGUUUUGGAUAUGUCAAGUAUUUCGAUACGUCAACCGACAUGCAAUUCGAUUUGCCACAACCAAGUGUUAAAGGUGAUUGUACCAAACACAUUUUUGAUUCUAACAGAAAUUUGUACGACAGUCGAUGUGAGGAAAACAGCUUGCAAAGAUCGUCACGUAACAAUAAUUUAAAUGUACCUUUUGGACCAUAUUCCGAUAGCGCUGAGAACUCCAGUUUUGAAGCAAGAGACUACAUGGCCUGUGAAGACCUGGUGAAUAUGGAUCAAAAUACUCAAUUUGAUACUUUGGGGUCGGAAGAAACAGAUUUUCUGCCGACUCGACGAAGCUUUCCCAACUGCAGUAGUAAAAAUGACAUGCCCAAGUUGUGGAAAUCAAGUGAAGAAAACUAUUGUCCAUAUAAACUUGAUUAUGAUACUGUUAUGUUAGACCUUCUUAAGGUGUUAGAUCCUCCUUCACCUAAAUACAGUCGUGAUAAUCCUGUGGAUUCAAUAAUAAUCGAUCCGCCGCCUAUGUUUAGGAAUGAAGAAGAUGAUGUGAAAAUUAUAAAUGUGACCCUCAAUGCUGAUAUUCCUUUCCGAAAACAUUCGAUAAAUUCGGAUAAAAAGCUGAGGAGAUCCAUUUCUAAGUCUAUGGUGGAAACGGAAAAGAAAAGUAAUGAUCCACAUUUGCAAAGAAUGAGCUCACAGUCCGAUAACCAGAAAAAUCGAAAGAAAUGUGAGUGCUGCAACCGGUCUCUAUGCCCCAGUCCCAGGUCUUCUGACUCAGGUGUCGCGGGAAGCUGUAAUCUAGCGUCGCCUGAACUAAAUAUGCAUGACUAUACCAGCUCGGGAAAUACAGGAAAUGACUCAGAUUGUCAAGAAAAACAAUCAACCUUACAAAAAUAUUCCCAAAACACAUUGGACAAUCGCAAGAUGUCCAUUUCCGAUAUAGAGGCUGCAACUUUUGAGGAUCAAUGCAGGUGUACUUCCCCAUUCGGCUCCACAGCCAGGACGUCUUGCGUGACAAGUGUCACCUCUGAAAAUAGCCUUGACGUAAAAGAUAUAUCCAAUACGAUGCUGGUGUCCACAUACGCUGCCAACCCGCCAUUAUCCUCAUCUAACAUCAAACGCACGUCUAUAAGGAGAAACAUAGAGCGAUAUAUUCCAGAAAUAAAACUGAAACCGGAUGUUCCUCCUCGUAUUUAUAGGAAACCGAGUACACACUUUGAGGUUCCUAAAAACGUUCGUCAACCAUUACCGUGCCAGUGGAGCACGCUAAAUAUAACAGAACGCACUAAGCCCAGCUUGCAUUACCAUAUGCGGAUAUACAGAGAGAGUCACAAUGAAUGUAGCGAUGAGAGGCCGUCCCGUAGGGAUUUAUUCCGGAAUCGCGAUGCAUUUUCUAAAGAUACGAACAAAACAGAUUUAUCAUCAAAAAACACAAAGACGAGGUCACGAAGCGAGGAUUUACUAAAAAAGAAAGAGUUGUCGCAAACCGAUUCAGGAUUCAUGGUGUACCGUUCAGAUCUGUACGCUCAUUGGUGGAUGAAAGCCAAAUUACCCAUAACCGUGGUCACCGACUCAGAUGGCCAUGAGCGACAGCAGUAGCGAGCUCUCCGGUCUAACGAACCACAAAAGAUCACAUUCAUUUAAUAAUCAUCAAAGUUACACGCAGCACACUCAAACGCCGAAGACAAAGCAAAAAAAUCAAUCGGCCCGCUGGCUUCUUAACUCCUGCGAUUCGCUCGACCAAUCA